ACGCGCUCCUGCUGGUGUGAAGACCCCCAUGCGUGCACGCUGAACUCCGCCGAAUCCUCUGUUCUUCACCUCGGGAUCGUUAGUACAAGGAAUUAGGAAUGCCAGGGAUCCUGGCUCUAGCUGGCUUAUUCCUGGUGCUCCUUAUCCCUGGUGCCAGGUCAGAGUCUGCAGAGCUGAGGUUCCAGGGCCAGACGGAGUUUGUGGUGAAUGAAAGCAGCAGAGCUAUAGUACGCCUGGUGGUGGAGAGGGUCGGAGACCCCAUCAACGUCACUGCUCUAGUCCUGCUGCAAAGUGAGGACACUGGAGACUUUGAGGCCACCACUGCAGCUGCUUUCCUGCUGUCCUCCGAGUCAAGCAAAACUAUCUUCAUCGCCGUGAAGGAUGAUGAUCUACCUGAAGCCGAUGAAACCUUUGUGUUUAACCUCCGACUCCAGAGCUCAUCGAAUGGUGUGACGGUUGGAACUCCAAACACGGCCAGGAUCACCAUCUUGUCCAAUGACAAUGCCUUUGGAAUUAUAUCAUUCAACUCAACCAGCCUGAUCACCGUGGAGGAGCCAAAAGGCAGAAAUCUUUAUGUGCCUCUUACUCUUAUCAGAGAAAAGGGAACUUAUGGAUCAGUAACUGUGAAUUUUGAGAUCUUUGGAGGCCCAAACCCAGCCAGUGAGGAUCUGAGUCCAGACAGAGGAAACCUCACUAUUCCCCCUGGUCAGGCAGUGGUGGUCUUUAGUAUAAUGAUACAUGAUGAUAAGGUUCCAGAAGAUGAUGAGAUCUUCACCGUGCAGUUGACUGGAGUAGCAGGAGGUGCCUUACUAAGCCACAACAGUACAAGUGUGCAGAUCAAAAUCUCUCGUAAUGAUGCCCCUGUGCGCUUCUUGCAACCCUCUUUUGCUGUGUCUGAAAGUGCCCGUGUCAUAAAUCUCACCGUUACCCGUGGAAGAACUGAUGAUGGCUUUCUCAUUGGCUCUGACGAUGGAGAAGUUUCGGUCAUGUAUGCUAUAGUAACCGGGAAUGGAGCAGCCAGUGCCACACUUUUGGAGGACUUUGUGGACCUACAGCCUAAAAGGGUGGUGGUUUUACCCCCAAAGAUUUAUGAAGCAGUGCUGCGUUUUAACAUAAUUGAUGACAGAACUCCAGAAAUUGCUGAGUCCUUUCAGGUGGUUCUUCUGGAGGAGACGCUGUUGGGUGAUGCGGUACUGGUGUCUCCUAGCUCUGUGCAGGUGACUAUUGAGCCUAAUGACAAGCCGUAUGGCGUGUUGUCAAUCAGCUGUCCUCCUCCAACACAGCCUGUCAUAAUUAAUGAAGAUACAACUAUGAGGUUUGAAGGCAUCACCAUAGUGAGAAAUGGAGGAACCCAUGGUCUUGUCUCUGUUAACUGGACUAUAAUACGGAACUCCACAGAUAAGACCCCUGUCUUCAGUGACCUGUCCCCAGUCUCUGGAACAUUGUUUUUUGCAGAAGGGCAAAUGAGUGCCAUCCUGCCAUUAAACAUCACUCAGGAUGACCUCCCUGAAGAAGCAGAGGCUUUCCUGCUCAGACUGAUCCCUCAAUCUGUGCAGGGUGGGGCUGAAGUAGAUGACCCUAUGGAGAUGGUAUUCUACAUCCAAGACAGUGAUGACAUUUAUGGACGAUUUGGCUUCCAUCCACGUGAGAGACAGAGUAUUCAGAGCCAGCCUGAGGGGCGCUUCCUAUCCCUUAGCUUCCUUCGUGAAGCAGGUACUCUUGGGGAAGUGCGCUUGGCCUUUACAGCCCUUUACAUUCCUGCUGGGACCCUGGAUCCUGCAAGGGCUCGGGAUGGUGUGCUGAAUGGCACCAGUGCCGACAGUCUGCUGUUCAGUUCGGGUCAGUCAAGGGUUCAACUCAUCCUGCCCAUCCGUAAUGACGCCUUCUUGCAGAAUGGAGCCCACUUUCUUAUACAGCUGGACAGUUUACAGCUGGUGAACAUCACUCCUCCUAUUCCUUCAGUGAGCCCUCGUUUUGGAGGAGCUAUCAACAUCUCCCUGGCUAUCACACCUGACAUUGCUAAUGGAGAGAUCGGGUUCACUAGUAACCAGACAGUGGUGGCAACAGAACCUGAGGAGUCAAACACCAGCAUGAUCAUUCUUCCCUUGAGGCGAGAUGGGACAGAUGGGCUGGCUGUGGUGUUCUGGAGUGUCCGACCUGUUGGAGAGAACAGAGCUGAUGUUACCAGAAAUGACCUUUCACCUUUCACUGGUUCAGUGACAUUUUUAUCAGGACAAAGUGAAGCAAACAUCUCCAUCACCAUCAUGGCAGAUAAUGUUCCAGAGAUCAACGAGACAGUCCUACUUACAUUAGACAGGACAAAUGCGGAGAACCAGAUUCUGAAGCCUGGUUUCACCAGCCGGGAGAUUGUCAUACUAGAGAAUGAUGACCCUGGUGGAGUCUUUGAGUUUUCACAAGUGUCUAGAGGCCCCUGGUUUAUCAACGAGGGCGAGACGGUGGAGCUGAGAGUUAUCAGACAGCAAGGUCAGCUGCUGAACCAGCUGGUGAGAUACACAUUGACACCCUCUGGAAAUGAGAAUUUUUAUGGAGCCACAGGCAUCCUCGAGUUCCAGCCUGGAGAGAGGGAGGUGGUAGUGGCUCUAGUAGCCAUACCUGAUGGGCGUCCAGAGCUGGAUGAGAUGUUCACAGUGGUUCUCAGCAGUCACAGCACUCCAGCUAGUCGCCUGGGUAACAACAGGCAGGUCAACAUCACUGUGCGUAAAAGUGAUGACCCUUUUGGGGUCAUCCAGUUCAUACAACCACAACUAAUGUUCUCCAUCAAUGAAAGCAAAGGAAUGGACAUUCAUUCAGCAUCCUACCCCAUUGUGAGGGGGAGGGGCCGAUUUGGGAAUGCAUCAGUCCUCUGGAUUCUUGAGCCCACCUUAUCAGGAGAUGUCACCCCAGUCCAAGGGGAAGUGGUCUUUACUGAAGGAGAGUACCUGAAAAACCUAACUCUUUACUCCAAGCCCGAUGAGGUGCCAGAAGAUGUAGAAAAAUUCACCAUCAUGCUCAUCAAUGCAACUGGAGGAGCUAGACUGGGAAAUAUUCUGAACGCAUCCUUACAGAUUAAUAAGAAUGAUGAUCCCAUUUACUUUGCAGAACCGGUCAUACAGAGGGUCAGAGAGGGUGGUGUGGCAAAUUUUCGCAUUUUGAGAGCUGGACUGGCCAAUUUUGUAGCCACAGUCAUGUUCCGGUUUGAGUUUGGAGACUCAUCACUGGGAGACUUUAUCCCUUUAAGUAAUGACUCACUGCUGGUGUUUGACUAUGGGGAAUGGAUGAAGAACAUAUCAGUUGCUGUACAGGAUGACGACAUUCCAGAAACAGAUGAACCAUUUUAUAUUGUGCUGUUCAAUGCUACAGGAGAUACUGUGGUUUAUGGAAAGGAUACUGCCACAGUAGUUAUUGAAGCCAAUGAUGAUGCCAAUGGGAUAUUCUCUCUGGAUUCCACUGAGAAGCCUGUGGAGGAAGGGAAGUCGAACAGCUUCUAUGUUAUUAGGAAUAGAGGGCAUUUUGGCAACGUCACAGUCUUCUGGCAGCUGUUUGCCAAUUACACCCCUCUUGAGCCGAGUCAGGAGUUUGUCAACACAUCUGGAUUUAUAAUCUUCACCACAGGAGAGAAAACCAAGCCGAUAGUCCUGGAGGCCAUCUCUGACAAACUCCCAGAGUUCAAUGAGUUUUUUGAGCUACGCUUAAUGAACAUCUCAGGUGGUUAUCCUGGUGAAGGUGGCAAGCUGGCUACAAAAAACCUCAGUGCUUCUGUUCUCAUCCCUUUCAACGAUGACCCUUUUGGGGUGUUUGCUAUAGACAAGGACAACCUAGACCAGGUAGUAGCAGAGGACGUACUAUCUAUUGAUGACAUGUCUUCAGUUACGUCCUUCACUAUCCUCCGCCAGCAGGGAACCUUCGGAGAUGUCCGGGUGUCAUGGGAGAUCCUAUCUGAAGCCUUCCCACAAGGUCUACCACCGAUGCAGGACUUUAUCUUGAUGGCCACAUUUCCCGAAGCCGUCAAGCUCCAGCCCCAUGCGAGAAGGCACCAUUCUGGAACGGAUGCCUUCUUCUUUUCUGGCCUCCCUGGAAGUUAUGGAACCAUUACUCUAAAAGCUCAGCCUGAGGAUAUUCCUCACAAACUAGCUAAUUUCACAUUCUCAGCCUGGCUAAUGCCCAGACCCAACACGGAUGGGUUUAUUGUUUCAAAGGGAAAUGGCAAUGGAACUUUGUAUUACGGAGUAAAAGUCCAGACGAACGAGUCUCAUGUUAGUGUGAUGCUUCAUUACACAACCAUAGGCUCUAACAUCACCCAAGUGGCAAAAGCCACAGCAAUGAAAUUUGUGGAAGAUAAUGUAUGGGUUCAUGUCAUCAUUGCAGUGGAAGACGGAAUUAUUGAGUUAUAUUUGGACGGGAACCCAAUGCCUGGAGGAAUCAAGAGUCUCAAAGGAGAAGCCAUUAUGAAUGAUGCAGCUCCUGUAAGCAUCGGCUCUGACCCUGACGGACAUCAGCUCUUUACAGGUCUGCUGCAGGAUUUGCGUCUCUACAACAUGCGUCUCAACCAGUCAGAAAUUCAUGAACUCCACGGCCAGCCUGCGAAGACCGACUUCCGUAAUGUGGCUGGAUACUUGGAAUACUGGCAGGGAGAGAAGAUAAAAUCAUUUGUCGUGGAAACACGCGAUGACCGAGAAGAAGAAGGAGAGGAGAGCUUUUACCUGCAGUUGGUGGCCGUUCACGGUGGAGCCCGGCUACCUUUGCCUCGCCCCACUGCUAGGAUCAGGAUUAUGAAGAGCGACAAUGCCAAUGGACUGUUCGGGUUCACUGGAACUUGCAUUCCUGAUAUAUCUGAGGAGGGCUCCACUGUUUCCUGCAUAGUAGAACGCACACGUGGUGCUCUGGACUCUGUCUAUGUAAACUACACUGUGACACAGCUCGAGUCUCCUGCUAGGGCACCCAAUGUCUCAGACUUUGCCAAACCUGCAGGCUCCAUCUUCUUCCUCCCAGGCCAACGCUCUGAGGUUUUGAACCUGCACAUACUAGAUGAUGAUCUUCCAGAGUUUGAUGAGUAUUUCCAAGUCAAUCUGGUCUCAGCCCAAUCAGGAGAUGGGAAACCAGGUUCUACCCCAACCAGUGGAGCCAGCAUCGAUCCUGACAAUGCAAUCAAUAAUGUUACCAUAAAGUCCAGUGACCAUCCUUUUGGUCUGCUGCAGUUCCAGACUUCUCCUAUUACUCAAGCAAUGAUCAGACCAGCCUUAGAAGAAGCCCAUAUAAAUGUGAAAGAAGAGGCUGGUGUGGUUGGACUACCAGUGGCCAGAGCGCAGGGCUUGCUUGGAAGAGUAUUAGUGGCCUAUCGCACAACCCCAGUAACUGCCGUUGGCUCAAAGGACUAUGAGAACGCAGAGGGGUUGCUGGAUUUUUUGCCAGGUGAAAGGCUCAAAUAUAUCAACAUCACUAUAAUCGAUAACUCUGUGCCAGAGCUGGACAAGGUCUUUAGAGUAGAGCUUUACAACCCACAGGGAGGAGUGGACCUGUUCUUUGGGAGUGGGGACAGUGGAAGUGGAGAGAGUGACACUGAUUUCUUCCUUCCACCCUUUUACUAUCACCCCGCCAACUUGGGACUUGCAUCGCACAUCACUGUGACCAUUUCUGCCUCCGACGAGGCUCACGGGGUCUUCCAGUUCAGUAAUGAUUCUGUGUCAGUGAACGGUACUGAACCAGAAGAAGGUCAGAGUAAUGUAAUGCUGCAGGUUAUUCGUACUUUUGGCGCGCUCUCCACUGUCACUGUAUUCUGGCAAGCAGAUGCAGACUCAGAAGUAGAGCUUAUCUACAGAUCUGGCAACUUGACCUUCACUGUAGGACAGACCAUUGGAAACAUUUUCAUUCGUAUUUCCGAAGACGAUAUUCCUGAACUGGAUAAGAGUUUUAAAAUCCGUCUGUUAAACGUUUCUCAUGGACGGCUUGGGAGCCAGACUGUUUCAACACUGACUGUACUGGCUAGUGAUGACCCCUAUGGGCUGUUCUUGUUCUCAGAAAGUAGCAGGCCAAUCAGAGUAGCAGAAGCAGACACUCUGGUUGUUCUGACAGUACAAAGGAGGAAAGGACUGAUGGGAAGGGUGCGAGUGACCUACAGGACAGUGAGGGAUACAGAUCCAGUGCCGUACUCCACACCCGGUGUGGGCAGGGCAAGCGCUGGGAGUGAUUUUGUACCCAUUUUAGAGUCAGUAACAUUCUCAGCCAAUCAGAGUGAAGCGAAUGUGACUGUCAGAAUUCUGGAUGACAAGGAACCUGAAAGGGCGGAGUCGUUGUUUGUUGAACUUAGCAGUGUCACAUUGGUGGAGGGUGCACAGACACGACCAGUUGCUCUGUCACCUCAGCUUGGCCUGAGAAAUGUCUCAGUGGCUCAGGUCAUUAUUGAGGCCAGUGACGAUGCCUUUGGUGUGCUCCAGCUCUCUUCUCCAGCAGUAAGUGUGCCUGAGUAUUAUGUAGGCCCCAUCAUAAACGUUACACGCACCGGGGGGAUUUUUUCUGACGUUUCAGUGAAGUUUCGGGCCAUACCCAUGACUGCACGAGUUGGUGAAGACUAUAGUGUGGCCUCCUCCGAUGUGGUCAUUCUGGAAGGAGAGAGCAGUAAACCAGUCCCUAUCCUUAUUAUCAAUGACAUGAUUCCUGAAUUGGAGGAAACCUUCCGCAUUGAGCUUCUUAACCAGACUACUGGGGGAGCUUUCCUGGGCGAGCUCACCCAGGCAAUCAUCACUAUCCUGCCUUCUGAUGAUCCAUAUGGGUCCUUUGUUUUUCAGGCUGCACCAAUUACUAUAGAGGAGCCAACGGUGAACACUUUUGAAGUAUUUUUGCCAAUUGUGAGGAAUGCUGGGACUAUAGGUUAUGUUAGUGUCAAAUGGCGUGCUACCAUCAAUGGCAGACCUGCAACAGGUGACCUUCAACCUCUGUCUGGAGAGGUCAGCUUUGCUCCAGGUGAAACUAUGAAGACACUAAAAGUAGAGGUUUUGGCUGAUGAUGUGCCAGAAAUUAAAGAGGUCAUCAAGGUAGAGCUUACUGGUGCCACAAAUGGUGGAAGCAUUGGUGGCGAAAAUGCUGUGCACAUCAUUGUACCUGCCAAUGACAACCCCUAUGGCACAGUGCACUUUGAGCAAGCGGUAUAUAGAGUACAGGAGCCUUUGGAAGGCGUGUACCUUGCCAACAUUACUGUUCGAAGAAGUGGAGGUAAUUUUGGUCUUCUAGAGAUUCUAUAUAGUACCUUUGAGAUUGAUGUGGUGAAUAACGCCCAGAGAAUUGGCCAUAACUUCCUCACCUAUUAUGAUUCCCCCUUGCCCGGGGCACCCUCUAGUGCCAUACGAAGGCCUAUCAACAUCACCUCAGCCAGGGACCCUCUGAACUCCUGUGCAGCCUUCUGCCUUCGGGAACGUGCCUGCCAAGCCUUUUCUUUCACUAAUGCCUCCUCUGCAACGUGCUUCUGGGUAACCACAUCCGCAAACCAGCUUUCCGCUGCUGUCCAAACACUCACUUAUAUAAAAAAUACCACUGCUGCUGCUUCUCUCUUCAGCUCACAGGCGACUGCCGGGAGUGACUAUGUAACCAUGAUAAUGCAAACAGCAACCAUGCUGGAUGGCUCAAGUAUUGCCAACCUAACUGUGCCAAUUCUGACAGAUUCUUUGCCAGAGAUGGAUGAGAGUUUCAUGAUACAAAUGUUGAAGGUUAGCCUGGUUAAUAUGACUGUUGCUGAGAAACACCUGCCCACCAUCAGACAACCAGACACCGCUACAGUGACAAUAGGGAUGAAUGGUGAUGCAUUCGGAGUGUUUAAACUAUUCAGUAUAAACCCCAGUGCUACUCAGAAUGGAUCGUAUCUGGAGGUAAGAGAGGAGCCUGGGACUAGAGUGCUGCUGGUCAUUGAAAGGACCGGAGGCAGUCUAGGCCGUGUUACCGUUGAGUGGAUGAAUGUUGGUGGCACUGCAAAGCCCAAUGCUGAUUUUAAUGGCACCAGGGAGACCCUCAUCUUUGCAGGAGGUGAUGUGAAGAAAACAAUUGACUUCUUCAUCACAGAUGACACUGAGCCAGAGGACAAUGAAACCAUACAGAUUGGUUUAGUAAGGACUGAAGGUGGCAGUCGUAUCCUGCCAGGCUCAGAUACUGUCACCAUCCUUAUUCUUGCCAAUGACCAUGCAGCUGGCUUAGUGGGCUUCCACCCAGCAUCACGAUCAGUCAUAGUUAAAGAGGGUGAGAGAGUGCCAUUACUUGUGCAAAGGACAGCUCCUGCAAUAGGGAAUGUCACUGUGGAGUGGAGAAUCGAAGGUCCUCAAACCUUACUUACAUUUGUGGAAACCUCUGGUGUUCUGUUCUUCACUGCGCAUGUGUUGAAUGACACUAUAGUGCUACAGCUACUGGAUGAUGUCACUCCUGAAGAAAAAGAGGAGUACAGAGUUAUCCUCUAUAACAUUAGGACUAAAGGUGUAACAGCUACAGGUGAGGCAGCUUUGGAUGCUGAAGGUCGUGAGGCAGUGGUCAGUGUAGCAGCUAGCGAUGAGCCAUUCGGCAUGCUGAGGAUUGCUCCAUCCUCUCUCAGCAUAUCCACUGAAGAGAAAGACACCAAGCUCAGGAUUUACAUUAACAGAGAGUUUGGAGCCUCAGGAUCCGUGAACAUCAGCUAUGAGACAGUGAAAGGUUCCCUGCAGGACCUGAGUCUGAUUGAAGGGGCUCUGGCAGAACCUGGUCAGGAUUUUCAACAUGUCUCCAGCUUUGUGGUCAUGCAGGAUGGCCAGACCUCUGUGUCCAUCCCAAUCACAAUUAUAGAUGAUGACAUCCCUGAGUUGAAGGAAUUUUUCUUGGUCAAUAUAACAUCCGCUGUUCUGAUAACUACACUCCCAACUUCCCCUAAGCUAGAUACACAAGGUCUGGUAGCGGAAAUUAGCAUUAAUGCUAAUGAUGGAAUCCAGGGUAUCGUCAGUUGGCAAAGCAUUGAUUUUGAAGUGAACGAGACGAUCGGAGUGUUAUCUUUAGUGGCUUAUCGGGAUGCUGGGACAUACGGGAACGUCUCUGUCUUCUUCUAUGCUCAAAAUAUAGAGGCUCAGUUGGGUCUGGACUUUAAUGCUACAGCUUCAGUUCUCCAUUUUGUGACUGGAGAGAGGUACAAGUUUGUAGAGGUGGUGAUCUUGGAUGAUCCUAUUCCAGAAGGAGAUGAGAAGUUCCAGCUUAUUUUAACAAAUCCAUCACCAGGACUUGAGCUUGGAAAGAACAUUACUGCAACAGUGACCAUCUUAGCCAAUGAUGAUGGCCACGGAAUCAUUUCCUUCAACAACAGUGAGCACUUCCUGUUGCGGGAGCCCACCUCAGUGUCAGGUCUGGGCCAGAGUGUGGCUACUCUGAUCAUUGUACGAAAUCCGCCACAGGGGACAUUUGGGACCGUGACCGUGCAGUUCUCUAUUAUUGAUGCCAAUGGAACUCUGUACACCGAAGACCUCACACCCUCUGAGGGCUUUGUCGUUCUGGAAGAUGGGGUUAGAUUUAAGACUCUGGAGAUCUGGGCAGUUCUAGAUGCUGAACCAGAAAUGAAUGAAACAUUCAAAUUGUCUCUGUUCAAUCCUACUGGAGGAGCACGACUGGGAGAACCUGUAGAGACAUUUAUUACUGUGUUACAGAACCAGGCUCCACUGGGGCUUUUCAGAAUAUUUCCAUCUAGCAACAGGACUCUGAGCUCUUUAACAGUUGAAGAGACUGUUGGGACUGUGUAUUUGACAGUGGCUCGCAGUAAUGGUCUGGAUUCUGCAGUUAGUGUGGAAUUUGAGACAAACUCAGACACAGCCUUUGGCAUGAGGGGUGAUUAUUCACAGCUAGCUGUGUAUCAGCGCUUCAGAGACACCUGGCCUUUAGGAUGGUGUUCUGUCUUUAAUGGAGAUUCCUCUCUGAUCUUGAUGCUCAUGCAUGACCUGGUCACGCUCUACAGGUGGCAAGGAGUAUUUGUCUCCAUUCAGAAUGUGAGUGUGCAGAGUCCAGGCUCUUGUGUGGGUUUUACAGUAAAUGGCACCACCUAUGUGGCAGUGGCCCAUGAAGACACCACGAAGUCUCCUGCUGCCAAUGUCAGCAUAUUCCGCCUCCAACCAGACCUCAAUCUUACUCUAGAGCAUACCAGGGCUGUGGGAAGCCGUGAUGUUAAACAUUUCUCUGUCCAGACUUUGGAUUAUUUCAUUGCACUGAAUCAGGUAUUUGUGUGGACUGGAAACUCUCUCUCCCUUCAUCACACGUUAGAAAUUCAGGACAUCACCUCACUCUUUCCCUUUACCCGAGCAAACAGGAACAUCCAGCAUUUAGUGGCGUGCAGAGGCAGAAAUUCAUCCGGCUGCCUCCUCUACCAGUGGAUUAACGGCAGCUUUCAAAACCCCCAGCCUCUAGUAAUCAGUGCCAAAGUCAAACAAGUGGAGUCCAUACAGUCGGGAGGGGAGACGUUCCUGCUAGUUGUUACAGAAGGCCCAAAUCCCACAUGCGAGGUGUUUUUAUGGAGUUCUCAGCAAACCUUUCAGCCAGCACAGUCCAUUCCUUUCCCAGGCCUUUCUUCAGUCCAUGCUUUCACUCCUCCAUCAGGCAUACCGCAUCUCUUGCUGGCUGGAGCAAACGACUCAGCACUGUACAUGUGGAAACCUGAACUGAUCCAGUUCACUAAAAUCCUAAAGUCCUCACCAGCUCAGCAGUUCCUCUAUCAGUCCAUCCUGUCCUUUACUGUGACAAAGAGUCUGAUCAUAGCUAAAGAAGCAUCAGACUCUGUCAUAUAUGAAUUGAUCUCAGUGUCCAACCAGUCUGACUUCAUCCCCCGUUCUGCUGAGCUCUUCUUCCAGCCUGGAGUGAGUGAAUUAGAGAUAGCUGUGAACAUAAUCAAUGACGAUACUCCAGAAGUGGAAGAACGUUUCCGUGUGAGCCUCAAGAACCCUAAAGGAGGUGCUGAGAUUGGGUUUCGUGGCCAAGUCACUGUGAUUAUUCCAGCUAAUGAUGAUGCCUAUGGCAUUAUUGGCUUUGCCCAGAACUCUCUCUCCCUGGAGGUGGAUGAAUUGGAAAUUGACAACCCGUUCUCUCUGAGUUUGGAGAGGAGGAGAGGGACUUUUGGGAGACUCACUGUGCGCUGGGCAGCCAAUGGAAGCCUGGAGGACAUUUUCCCAACAUUAGGAGUGGUGACAUUUUCAGAAAGUCAGACUGUAGCCACCAUCUCACUGACUGUAUUAGCUGACAGUAUUCCAGAACUAGCAGAGAAAGUGGCUAUCAUGCUAACAGAUAUCACAACAGUUGGUGUUGUGGAUCCAUCCGUGAGAGCUGUGAUUGACACACAACGUGCUAGAGCCAUGGUCACCAUCAAGGCUAAUGGCUCUCCAUACGGAGUGAUUGGAUGGCACCUAGACUCCCAGUAUUUCAUCACAAGCGAGCCUCCAAAAAGUCCAAGCAAUAUCACAUUGAGCGUUGUGAGAGAUCAGGGAGCGUCUGGGAAUGUGGUGGUCCACUAUACAACCAGACCUGCACUCUCAUUGCCGCUGGUUAGUCAAGCCAGUGAGGGUCAGGACUACAUUGCCAAACAGGCUAGCAUCAUCAUGAUGGAGAAUGCAACUGUUGCCCUUGUAACCAUCACCAUCUUACCGGAUGAUAUUCCAGAAUUGGCUGAGAUAUUUUUGGUGAACAUCACUGGUGUGGAGUUGAUGGGAGAUCAGAGCGGAGCCGGCCAGGCCAGAAUCAAGAGGCCCGGAAUGGAGAUUGCUGAGAUCACAAUUCAAGAAAAUGACGACCCCAGAGGAGUCCUUCAGUUCAAUUUGUCAAAGGAUGCUUCUGGAUUACUGUUUGCCUUUGAGGUUCCUCCACCUGGUAAUGUCCUUUUUCUACAAGUCGUGAGGCUUGCUGGUAGAACUGGUCGGCUUGUGUUGUACUGGGAAGCUCAAGCAGUCAUCGCCACUAUUGACGACUUCACCCCGUCAUCAGGCAACCUCACAUUUCAAGAUGGACAGGCAAGUGCCAUUAUUGAGAUCACUAUUAUUGACGACACUGUUGUGGAGCCUAUGGAAACCUUUCUCGUCAAACUCACGCAUGUGAUAGGAGGAGCCAGACUGGGAACCGAUAGUUCUGUUCUGGUCAACAUCCCCGCCAAUGAUUCACCUCUGGGUCGCUUUGGCUUCCAGGAACUAACAAUUACUGUUUCUGAGCCCCAGUUUCCUGGUGACCCUGCAUCCUUGGCGAAUCUGACAGUGGUGCGAAGUUUGGGUGGAGAGGGAACGGUCUAUCUCAUCUGGCUCCUGGAGCAGCAGGGGAGAGAUGAUCUACAACCUCAUAAUGGGACUCUUGUGUUUAAUGGGAGUGAGUCGAGAAAGUCUGUGGUGAUCCAGGCUUUAGCUGAUGCAGUGCUGGAGGGUGAAGAGAGAUUCACAAUCCAGCUUCUCUCUGCCAGGAAUGAGGCUGUCAUUGACCCCAUAAGAAACCUGGCCACAAUUGUGAUUAGGGCUGACCGUGGAGCUCUGGGCAUCAUUGGCAUUGCUGACUCUUCCAGGAAUGUACUUAUCGGAGAACCUCAGGGAAUGUACAAUGGCACAGCUUUUAUAAGUCUUGUCAGAGGGCCAGGCAUUUUUGGUGAGAUUGAGAUAUACUGGAACAUUACACCAGCCAUCGCCAAUGAGUUUGUGGAGAACUCUGGGAAAGUUAUCAUGAGAGAUCGCCAGUCUGCAGCAACCAUUCAGCUGAUGGCUGUGGAUGAUGAUAUUCCAGAGGAAAAGCGUCUGUAUGAGCUGAGUCUCACAUCACUAACUCCCGGUGCAGACAUCAGCCUCAGUCGACAGAAUGCCACCAUCACCAUGGCAGCCAGUGACCUGCCUUAUGGCCUCUUCUCCUUCUCCCAGUCCGCACUGAGCGUAACAGAAGAUGACAGAUCAGUGAACAUCACAGUGGUGCGCUCCAUGGGGCUGCUGGGUAGCGUGUGGGUGAGUUACCACACAGAGGGCCAGACUGCAAUGAGUGGGCUGGACUUCGAGCAGGCAUCAGGCAGACUUCUGUUCAGCCCAGGCCACAGCUCCAGAGUCAUUACGCUGAAGAUUGUGGAUGAUUUACUAGCAGAGGGACCUGAGAACUUCUACCUUAACAUCACCCAGGUGCAACUCCUCAAUGACAGUACACUCAACUUUACCAUAAGAGAACAUGGUCUCCAAAUAGACCAGCCUCCAGCAAUAGGCAAUAUCUCCUCAAUCAUGAUUGUCAUCCAGAAGAAUGACAAUGUCGAAGGCAUCCUGGAGUUUGACCCUUCCUACAUUAACAUCACUGUUGAGGAGGAUGUCGGCACUUUCUCUAUCCCUGUCCUGAGGAGAGUGGGUACAUACGGGCAGGUCAGCAUCGACUACAUAACCAGAAGCUUGACUGCACAGUCCGGCUCAGAUUACAUCCUACUUAACGGUACUAUAACCUUCACGCAUGGCCAGAAUGUCAGCCACAUUAAUCUCUCCAUAGUGGAUGAUCUGGACAGGGAACAUAAUGAGGUGUUUGAAAUCCAGCUCACCGCGGCCUCAGGAGGAGCAAUACUGGGCACCCGACUCAUCGCUCAGAUUACCAUUGCUAAAAGUGACUCACCCAGCGGAAUGGUCCGAUUCAUGAAUCAAAGUGUGAUCUCGAUCCCCAACCCUGACAGAACACUGAGGCUCAGCCUUGUUCUUGAGCGCUUCGGAGGGGUGGUGGGUGAUGCCACGAUAACAUGGAACAUUCUAGGGCCCAACACAAAUGAAGUAUUGCCAUCUGUAAACACAGAUUUUGGUGAACCGGUGAACGGAUCGUUCCAUUUCAGAGAUGGAGAAGGGGGAACGCGUAGCAUCGAGCUCCAGAUUCUGCCCCAUGGUGAGGUAGAAGUGGAGGAAACAUUUGUAAUUAGACUCAGCCACCUGUUUGGAGACAUGGAUGUUGACCCCAGAGCAGGCUCUGUCACACUGCGGAUUGCAAAGUUUGGUGACCCGAACGGCAUAGUGCAGUUCACCGAACAGGAUCUGAGAGAGCGUAUUUAUAGUGAACCUGCAGACCAUGAAGGUCCCCUGAACAUCUCCCUCCUUAUCACGCGCAGAGAAGGAGUCAUGGGAAAUAUCACUGUAUUCUGGGAGAUCCUCAGUGACACAGACUCAGCGGGUGACUUUCUCACCCUCCAUGGAUCAGCUACCAUUCUGGCCGGUCAGCGGCUAGCAGAGCUCGUCCUUACCCUACUACCUGACCCUGUGCCCGAGCUGGAGGAGGUCUACAUAGUUCGUCUGAGCUCGGUGGAGGGUGGUGCUGAACUUGAUACCAACCGCAGCAGUGUCCGCCUCCGGGUCCGUGCCAACGACGAGCCACAUGGAGUGUUUGCCCUUUUCAGUGAGCACCAGAAGCUACUUGUGAAUGACACUAACCGCAGCAGGUACUUGGCGCUGAACAUUAGCAGGCUGGCUGGGACGUUUGGCAGCGUCAGUGUCGGAUACCAGAUCAGUUAUCCCACUCCUGGCCAGAGCUUCACUGAGGAUAGAUCUACUGGGAGCAUCGUGCUGAAGGAUGAUGAGAAGUCUGCCAGUAUCGCCGUGCCAAUUAGCACACAGGUUUUCUUUGUAACAGGUUUUAACAUCACAGUGCAGCUGAUGAAUGUGAGUCUGAUAGGACCUUUGCUCGCAUCUCCUCCCCGUGUGCAGCUGGAUGCAAGGAUCAUCACUGUGUCUGUGCCUGAAGAGGCUGCCAAUGCUGAAGUGGGCUUUGCCUCCUUGGACCUGCAGGUAUCUGAUGUCAGGAGCGGCCGAUGUGAUGCGUUAAUCAACAGGAUGGGUCUCUAUGGAGACGUGACUGUGCAGUGGAGAGCUGGAUUCCCUCCUGGACAGACUCCAUCGGGCUACCAGCCUGGAGAAAUCACUCCUAGCUCAGGCACUGUGAUCCUCUCUCAUGGCCAGAGGAGCAAAAUCAUAUCUUUUAUAGCUGAGUAUAAUAUGUCUGUGCCUGUUACACAUGCAGUUCACCUGACCACUAUAGAGUCCAUGUCACCAGGAGGAGCCAGAUUCAGACCUGGUUACACUGUGGCAGAGGUGGAGUCACUAGGACUGUAUCAAUUCCAUUCUGACUCUCAGAAGCUGGAUAUUACAGAAGACGUGCACACCAUCACUAUCUAUGUCCAACGCCUCUACGGCUUCCGCACCAACCGCACCCAGCUCUACUACAAGACCUGGCCAGGUAGUGCCCUUCCUGGUGAAGAUUUUACCCCAGUGCACGAUGGGCAGCUACUCUUUGAAGGCCGCCAAAUAGCUGCCGCCAUCAACGUCUCCAUUCUAGAUGACUCGCAGAUGGAACCUAAUGAGACAUUUUAUGUGAACUUGACUGACGUUCGCGUAAUCAGUGCAGGCUAUACUUCUCUUAGUGCUCGUCCACGUAUUGUAGCUGAAAACAGUAUUUCUGCUAUUACCAUUCUCGAUAAUGAUGCCAUCACUGGAUUUGGAUUUUUAAGUAUUGGCCCAGCGAUGAGCCGCACUUCUGAAGACAGGCUGGAGGGGGCGCCAGCUCAGAAAGUUGUCCUAAGAGUACGCAGGACAGCAGGACAGACAGGGGUGGUAAGUGCCCGAGUUCGAGUUUAUGAUGGUGGUCUUGUUUCUCCGGUGCUGCAUGGGGCUCCAUUCCUUCAGGAACACAAUGGGACAUGGGCAAGGGAAGGGGACGACUUUACACUUGAGUCGCAGAUGGUCACUCUGUCGGAGGGGCAAACAGAGGCUGAGGUCAGCCUCUUUAUUCUAGACGACCAGGAGCCGGAGGGGCAGGAGGUCUUUUAUGUCUACCUUAGUGAACCAGAAGGGGGAGCACAGAUCGUCAGCUCACCGGAUGAGAGUGGCAUCACUUUCUUUGCCAAAAUCAUUAUUCUAGGGAGUGAUCUUCACAACGGAAUUGUGGGCUUCACUUUGAGUUCUCAGACAGGCCAGGUUCUGGAUGAAGACUCAGACAACAGGACAGCCAUACUCUUUCUUCAGAGGCAGGAAAACAGAGCAUUUGAGGAUGUUUUCGUGUCCUGGAGGGCAACAUUUAGCCUCACAGCUCCAGCAUUGCUUAGUCAGGGGAUUAAUCUGACACAAGAGCUGCAGCAGACCUCGGGCAGGGUGCUGUGCAGGAGAGGACAGGUUCUCUGUCUCCUCCAACUGGAGGUCCGACCAGACCAGGAGCCCGAGUUCCAGGUGUGGUUCCUGGUGGAGAUCUAUGAAGUAGGAGAUGGUGCUGCGAUUAAUCAGAGUGCCCGCUUCGCUAACAUCACCAUGCUGGAAAGUGAUGACCCUCGGGGACUGGUGUAUUUUGCUGUGGGCUCCCGGCUGCCUGUGGCCACGCUCCGAGCAAGCAGAGUCACUCUGCAGGUCUACAGGGAGGGCAGUGUGGCAUCAGCUUUAUCUGUGAAGUACCAUUUGCAGGAGUUGCCAAAGGCUGAGUCCAUUGGUCCAACUCUGAUCUGGCCUGCUGUGGCUGAUGCAGAUUUCAUCAUGGCCAGUGGUGAGCUUACAUUCGAUAUUGGCCAGCAGAGUGCUGGUUUGGACAUCACACUCACACCCAGCAUCGGCUCGUCAAACCCCACACCCAAGCGCUUUCGCGUAAUUCUCUCUGAUGCCACUGGAGGUGCCCGGAUUCACCCAGUGUAUGGGAUGGCAAAUGUGACUCUGGUUUCGGACACUGAAGCUCAGGCCGUGUGGGCACUGCUGGAACAGCUCCAUCAACCUCUGGAUGAGACACUGAUCAACCGUGUACUGGAGGGGCUUAUUAAUAAAGUCAGCAUAGACACGACACACGAACAAAUGACCGCCGUGCUGGAUGCAGUGGGGAAGAUUUUGAGUGAAGCCGAGCAGACUCCCCUGAAAGACAGCAGCCGGGCUUUGACCUAUGACCUCCUCUGUGCCCUUGCCAAACCGAGCCGGACAGACACACGAGGCCUGAGCCAUUUGGCCACAGUAGCCGAGCGUUUUGCCUUCUCACUGAUUAGUGAUGCACCAUGCAGCACCGAUGGACAGAGAGGAAAGACCUUGGACACGUGUCCUUACUUCACUAUCACAGCGUACCACUGGUAUCCCACAGACAUCAACGCACACACCUUCACGGGCACGAAUGGCGAUACCUUCACCCUACCCGAUGCCCUGCUGGAGGUCCCAGUACUGCCUGUGGGUGGCAUGUCUCCCUUUGCCUGCCGCAAAAUACAUUUCAUUGAGUACCACACUGAGCACUGGUUCCUCACUAACACAAAAGCCAGUGCUCUGAACAACAAGGUAUUCUCUGUUAGUCUACAGGGCCGGGGGUCCAGACCUUUAGAAGACGGUAAAGAGGUGGUAUACCGCAUACACACACCAGAUCGCCGCGUGAAACCCCGUCAAUCUCUGUGCCUUCUGUGGAACCAGGCAGCUGAGAGCUGGCUGUCUGAUGGUCAGUUCUGUCGAGUGGUAGAUGACGGCGAGAACUUUGUGGAGUGUGCCUGUUCACAUCUGUCCAUCUACACAGCAUACGCUGAGAUCGACACUCUGUCUUCAUACAACGAGGCUUUCUACGCUGCAGGCUUCAUCUGCAUCUCAGGUUUUGCCUUGGCCAUCAUAUCUCAUGUGCUAUGCUCCAGAUUCCCCAUGUUUGCUGCCAAACUGCUCACGCACAUGAUGGUGGCCUGUCUAGGGACACAGAUUUGCUUCCUGGUGUCAGCAUUCAGAGGUCGAUUGUUCUCAGAUGACAGCUGUGCUACGCUAGGCCUCUUCUUCCACUACUUCCACCUCAGUCAGUUCAGCUGGAUGCUUAUACAGGCCGUUAACUUCUGGCAGACCCUGGUAAUGAAUGAUGAACACACAGAGAGACGCUAUCUACUCUACUUCCUGCUGAGCUGGGGACUUCCUGCUCUGGUCAUCAUUAUUCUUGUCACGGUGCUGCUCAGUGGUUAUAGUUGGAGCAUUCAUGAUGUCUACGGACUUGUACAGGGAGAACUGUGCUUCAUCCCGAACAUGUACACAGCUCUCUGUACAGCUGCUUUCAUUCCUCUUAGCUGUGUGGUGGGAGUGUUGGUGGUCUUCAUCCAUGCCUACCAUGUUACACAGCAGUGGAAAGCCUAUGAUGAUGUCUACAGGGGCCGAACUAACAGCUCAGAGGUUCCCAUGGUGUUGUACAUGUAUGCCUUGGUCUCAAUGGUGUGUCUGUGGGCUGGCCUGCACAUGGCGUACAGAUAUCUCUGGAUGCUUAUUCUCCUUGUCAUUUUCAACAUCUUGUUGGGCCUGUACGUGUUUGCGGUCUACUUCCUCAUGCAUAACCAGCUGUGCUGGCCUGCCAAGGCUACUUACACAGUGGAGAUGAACGGCCAUGACAGUGCCGACGGAGUGUUUCAGAGCAGCGGCGCAGCCACAGUGGGGGGAGGAGAGAUCAGCAAGUCUACACAAAACCUCAUCAGUGCCAUGGAGGAGAUCUCGGCAGACUGGGAGAGAGCUUCUUUACGGCCUAGUAUUGAACCCAGCAGUGUGUUUAAAGAGGCCCCUCAGAGUGGCACUUACCCCCCUGAAGGUGGCUUCGUUAACACAACUCUCGUCCAAGAUGAGGAGUCCCAGGAGUUUGAUGACCUUAUAUUUGCCUUAAAGACCGGUUCUUGUCUAAACCUGAGUGACAGCGAGUCAAUCCACGGCAGUCAUGAUGGCACAAGCGUGGCCAACUCCCAGAUCGUUGAGCUCCGGCGCAUUCCCAUCGCAGACACACACCUGUAACCUCGCUGCUUUUAAACUGAAUCCAUAUGAACCAGCCAGCAGUAUUUUUGUACUGGUACCAGCUUUGCACUAAAUUUACCACAGUUUUAAUUUCUCAUAGACUUUGAGCUGUUUUUUAUACCUGGAGUUUUGUCAAUACUUCUGAUCUUUUUAUAAACAUAUAUAUAUAUAUAUAUAUAUAUAUAUAUAUAUAUAUAUAUAUAUAUAUAUAUAUAUAUAUAUAUAUAUAUAUAUAUGUGUGUAUGUAUGUAUGUAUGUAUGUAUGUAUAUGUGAAUUGUCACUACAGUGAUUUUGUGAAGUUUAUAACAGAUGUAAAUAUCAUGUAUUGUAGAUUGAGAAGUACAUGGGCAAUCUGGCCCUGGAGUUCACCUGCUUGUUGUUGUAACAGAUAAUAAAAAAUAUGGAGUUUUA